UCAUAUCAUAUACACUUAUUAUAAACUUUGAAAAUCUUCAAUUUCUUUUUUUUUUACUCGAAAAAAUAAGUAAUUUGGAUUGUUAAUCCAUUUAAAUUGCGACGUGUUUAUCAUAUUAUUUGUUGAAAAAUAUUUCUUAUCAUCAUCAUAAGUUAAUGACCGAGUUUUUUUCAACAUCAAACAAUCAUAUUCUCUCAUCAAUUGAAGAAUUCUGGUCGUGUUUUGAAAGAUUUCAUUCUUUUUGUUCAAUUUUUCUGAUGAAAUCAUCACCAAAUUUUUAUUAAUUUAUGUAAAAUGAAUAACGAUAAAUUAUCAUCAGCUGUCAUCAUGGAUGAUAUGACAUCAGCAGCAACAAUCAAAACGAAUCAAUCGUUGCUCGAUAAUAAUCGAAUUGAAGUUAUUGAAGGUGAAGAAAUUCAAUCACUGGUCAUACAGCAAUCAUCAAAACCAAUUAUCAAUAAUGAUGAUCAUGAUCAUUCGAAUAUGAAUGAUUCGGAUAAUGAUAAAUUAAAGAAAUUCUUUUUUUCGAAACCUUUGGAAAGUGAACCCGAAUUACGUAAUACAUCAACAUCAAAUGCAGGUGAAUCUGAAUAUGAAAGUGCAAAUGAAGAGGAGCUUGUAUUUCAGAAUAAUAAUGAUGCUUCCAAUAUUGAUGAGCAAUUGAAUAAUGAUGAUGAUGAGUAUAAUGUAAAUCACAAAGAUACAAACAAAUUUGAAAUGUCAAAUGAUUAUGAAAAUGAAGAUGAUUCUGCUUCACAAGAAGAAUAUGAUGAUGACGAAGAAGAGGAAGAAUUGACUGAAAAUAUUGACGAUGAUAAUGAAGAGAAUGAACUAUGUGAUGGAUCUGUUCCAGAUGUUGAUAAUGAGCAUAGUAUUGAUGAUGAUGAUCAUACGAAUUUACGUGAAUGUGGUGAUGGUGAAGAAUCGACACUACCGGAACAUAACAAAACAACCUCACAGCCAUUGAUUAGUGAUGAAAAUGAAAAUUCAAAUCUUGAUGACAAUAAUAAAGACAGUAUGAUGAUCAACAAUACGACAACAACAACGGUGGCUACUGCCGUACCGAAAUUAUUACCAAAAUCUGCAAAAUUAUCUAAAGCUGAAUUAUUAAAAGCAAAACGUAAUCCACAAUAUAUACCACGUAAAGGAUCAUACUUUGAACAUGAUGAUCGUGGUAAUGAUGAUGACGACGACGACGAUGAUGAAGAUGGAAAGAAGAAAAAGAAUAAAGAAAAUGAUCAACAAUUAAAUGUGAUUGGUGAAGAGAAUGAAAUUCAGGAUUCUGCCGCUGAUGAUCAAAAAGUCAAAAUUAUUCCUACCGGUGGUGGUACGGUUACAAAGAAAAAAUCAAUGCUUUCAUCGAUGAAAUUAUGUUCAGAUGCCCAGCAAGCAUCAUUGAUGACAAAAGAAAAUUCUGAUUCUGUUUAUCAACAGGAUGGAAAAUCUUUGCUUGAAAAAACUAACAAUAACAUUUUGGAGUCAUCAUCAUCAACAACGGCGACAACAACAACAAUGAUAGCUAAAUUAGUAAAUAAUAAAAAUAAAUCCAUUUGGGAUAGUAGUGAAAAAUGGCAACAUGAUAAGUUCAUUGUUGAUGAUCAAAAACCAAAAACACGUGAAGAAUUGAUCAAUAUUUAUGGUUACGAUAUACGCACGGAAACAGAUGCACCAAGAUUGAAUCGUCGUAGUAAAUAUGGUAAAGGACCACAACGAUAUUCACGACGAUCUGAUGAUGAAAAUGCCUAUGCAAAAAGAACACUACGUAAAGUUAUCAUGAAAUCAACACGAUCACCAUCUACCACCAAUAGUAGUAGUACAUCAUCAUCAAACAAUAAUGAUCAUCAUCGACAAACAAACAACAAUUCAAUCCAAAAACAAUCUUUGGAAAACAAUCAUUCGACCACCAUAAUGAAUAAUAAAAGGGAUCGAGUUUUUGAUCGUACAGUUAAUAAUAAUAAUAAUAAUGAUCAUCAUUAUUUAAAUAAUUCCCGAAAUUCUCAUCAAACCAAAUCCAAAGAUAUGGCAACAACAAAUACCAAAUCAUUAUCAUAUCGAAAUAGUAAUAACAGUGGUGUCAAUAGUAAUUUAAAUAGCCAUCACCAUCAUCAUAAUGAUAAUUCUUCAACAACAGCAACAAGAAUCUUUGAGAAUGAUCGAAUAUUUACAAAUAAAUCUGCUGGUAAUAGAUCAUAUAAUUCGAAUUCUAACAAUAUGGAAAAGACAAUUUCGAAAACAUCGACAUCAAUAUCACAAUCGAAUAAAUCGCGCGAUGAAAAUGUUUAUGACAAAGAUGAUUUAAUAGCUCAGCAACAGAAAAAUUUUGCAGCCACUGAUUUUGUCAAUGUUAUUGGUAAAGAUACGAAAGAUAAUAACAAUAAUACACAAAUAAGUGGUGGUGGUUGUGGUAAUAAUAAUCCAAUAUUUACGAAUGAAGAUUUUCCUGCAUUAAUGUCAACAUUGAAAAAUAAUGCUUCUGCUGCUUCCAAUCAAUCGAGUGAUCGUAAUAUUCCUGAAAAGUCUCUAAACAAGAAUACUGCUACUAGUAAUGGUAAUAGUAAUAACGUUAUCUAUUAUCAAAUACCGAAUUCAUCAUCAUCAUCAAAAUCUGAAUCGAAUGAAACCACCAAGCUAACAAAUGAUGAAUCAACGUCAGAACCAACUGUUCAAGCAUCAUCAUCAUCAACCGUUUCAGAAUCAAAUGUUGGUCGUCAAACUGUUCAAGAACAUUCUUCAAGCCAUUAUCGUCAACAGCAACAGCAACCAUCACAUUCAACGACGAUUGAAAGUUUACAAUUUGAAAAUUUACGUUAUCAUCAUUCAUCACGUAAUAAUAAUAAUAAAGUCAAUUCUCAGGCACAUUAUUAUAAUAGUAACAGUAAUCAACAAUCCUGGAAUAAUCAUCAUCAUAGGCAACAAUCAUCAUCAAAGUCACAUCAUCAUUCAUACAGCCAAAAUAAUACAGCCAACAACCGAAAGGAUAAUAAUAGUGAUGAAUCAAAUGUAUUGGUACAUUCUCAUCAUCAUCAGCAUCAUGAAACAGUGACAACUGCAUCGAAAAACAACAUCCAAAAUAAUGAUGAUUCAAUGACAAAACGUUAUUCUUUAUUUCGACAAGUACAGCAGCAACAACAAAGAAAUUUAUAUUCAAAUGCAAAUUCAGCUGCGUCUGGUGCUUCUGCAUCGGGUAUUUCACAGCCGCCUCCACAAUCAGAAAUCUCGAAUAAUGCAUCUCAACAACAACAAUAUAUUGAAACCGAUACGACAUCGAUGAAAGAUGCUGUUUACUAUGAAUCAGCUGCUUCUGCUGCUGCUGCUACAGUAGGUGUGGAACAAAGUGCAACAAAUAAUUUUGCCAUCACAUCGACUGCAACUGGAACACCACUUAGUCAACAACAACAACAUCAUCACCACCAUCAUCAUCAUUCGCAUCAUCAUGGACAUCAUAAUUAUGUAUCACCUAUAAAUGGAUCACCUGCUGCACCGGUGGUUACUGUUGGUGGUGCUAAUGUAGUUUCAACAUCUGUUGCUGCUGCUCCUGCAACAGCAACAGCAUUCAUGCCGGCAGCUUCAAAUACCUUAAUAUUUUAUGCUGAUCCAAAUUCCGGUCAAACUACAGGACCACCGGGUACGGCCACUGCCACUGGUCCAUUAAGUUUAUCCCAAAAUCAUUAUUAUGCACCCGAUCAAUCUCAAGCUGCCGCGGCUAAUUUUUAUCUAUCUGCUGCUGCAGUUGGAUAUCAUCCAGCUGCUGCUGCUUAUCUACCACCGACGGCACCAUAUCCACAAACAUUAUCAGCGGCUGCCACUCAUCUUACGGCCCAUCCUCAUCAAUCUCAUGUGACCAAUCGAUAUAUGAAUACUACAGCAUCGGCUACCGGUACGGCUGAAUCAGAUCGUUACCUACAGACAAGACCACCGGUAACGGCCCAAAAUUCAACAUCCAUUCUGAUGAAUCCUGCUAUUGCAUCCGCUUUUCCUUCUGGUUAUCCACAAUUUCCACCAACACCAACCGCAGCCACUGGACAACAAUUAUCUACUUUACCUGCGGGUUAUCCAAAUGUUCAAUUAGGUGGUAAUGUUGGUUCGUCCGUAACUGUUGGUGCUGGUUCAACAAUUGCAGCUGCCGUAUCGACUCCAUCUGGAUAUCCGGAAUCAUAUCGUGAUGGUAUUACUUAUUAUGAUUUACUCAGUCAACAACAAGCUAAGCAACAGCAACAGUCAAAGAUCAAUAACAAUACUCAACCACAGUCAACAACAUCAUCCACGAGUAAUCGUCGUGGAAUAGGCGGUGGUGGUGGUGGUAAAAUUUCGUCUUCAACUAACAACAACGAAUCGUCAUCAACAACAAACAAAAUUCAGGAUUUAGAUCAGACAAAUUCCAAUGAAAAAUCUGUGGCUGAAACAACAACAUCUUCCUCAACAUCCAACGCCAAUAAUAAUGAAAUUUCGGCCAAUAAUUGA